UCUUCUCGAUUGCAACUCCAACGACUACUCUACCAUUAUGCCCCUCAAAAGCUGCACCGCGUAGAGCCUCUUCUUUUGGAUCAUGCAGGGCGUGAAGGGAGGCUGGUGCGUUCGUUGCUGGAAAAAUACGGACCGGAUGUAUAUUCUUCGCCGAUGGAAAUACGUCUUAUUGGUAUUCGUCACUUGACACCAGCGAAUUCCUGUUACGUGAAGGUGUACCUGAAUGGCGAGCCUGUGCUGCGAUCGUCGCAGCAAUCGGGCUCAGCAAACAUUGCAUUUUCCCCAUCCGAUGUCAAAAAUGCCGCUGUCGUGAUGCUCGACGAUCCCCAUCACGCGAGGGUGCGAUUUAAGGUGGCGCAGCAGCGCUACCUUCAAUCCACUACCAUUUCUUUUGCCGAGCUUCGACUGGGGAAAAUGGUUGCUGGGUCAUUGAACGAGUGCUGGAUUCCACUGUUUGAUAGUCACAGUGGGGAAAUUGGACGUCUUGGUGUGACGCUGAGGUGUAAUGGGUUUAUUUGUCGUAAGAAAGAACCCGCGAAAUGCGAGGAGGCGGAGAGGGAUGUAGUAUCUCUGCUACGCAAAUACAAGCCGGAGGCACUUCCAUUUCUGCAGCCUCUGAUAACAGAAGCGGGCAGCGCGGCGAAAGCGCAUGCGGAGAUACGUCGUCGUGUCGCCAAAAGGCCAGUAGCUGCCACCGUGUACGUGUGUGUGGAAUCUCUCUCCAUUAUGGAGCUUGACUUCUCACAUCCCUCGCAACUUCAUGGAAUCUCGCCGACACGACUGGCAUUGCUUCAACAGGAGAAUGAGGGGAUGGAAUACGCAGUGACGGCCAGCUGUGACCAUGAGGAAGGAAGUGUCAUUUGGUCUGAACAAGUAAAAGGUUCCGGUGCGGUUAUUCGACUGGAUAUCCCGGAAUUUAGCAGAUGUGAGGACCACCGCCUCACCAUCGCUGUAAGGCAGGCUCAAGGUGCAUGUUUUUUGUCGCGCUCUGGGAGCAGGCAGCGUUCAAGUUCUCGUGGUGGUCGUAGCAGCUUCUCUCAAAGAAAGGCGUCGCAGCAGCUUUUGCCACCGACUGAGCUUGGUCGUGUGGUGGUCUCUCUGAGGGGACUUCUCACUGGCAGUUUAUACGACGCUGCGGAGCGUGUGACACUUCCGCUGGUGUCGUUUACUCAGGGCCCUGCCGCUAGGAGGAAAUUGCAACAGGAACGGAUUCAACAACGACGGCAACCGAGUUCAUCAUCGUCUGCUUUUCUGCCUCCUUGUAAUGUGGUGGGUAACAUUACUUUUAGCGUCCGUCUCCCCGCGUUUGAGCGAGCUCCAUCAUGGCUGCAGUUGAAUUUGUUUGAGAUAGAGAAACAUUUGGCAAUAGAUCGCGCAUGCAUUCGUUACUAUGAGGAACGAAUACGCGACAUAUUAGCAAAGCAUGAGCCGCAGGGUUUGCUUGAUCUGCACUACACCCUCUAUGAAUGCGAUGUGGCGCAUGGAACGUGGAGUCUUUCACUGUGCGAUCGGGUACGUGCGUUACUUCAGCGUCUUGGCGUCGUUGAAGAGGCAGCGACGACUGUACCCAUCGACCGAAGCAUGUAA